AUGGCAGCCGUUCACGAUAUUUGUAUGACGGAUCGAGGCAAUCGAGCCACGGUUCUCACAGCGGCAAGUCUCGAAAAUGGCAAUGAAGUUACUCAAUACCCGGAACGCGGAAUAUAUGCGAAAAACGGUAUGGACAACUAUGUGAUGCGAAAAGGAGCAGAGCGAUACGAGUUUGAUCAUAAUCCAAGCAGAAUGCGGUCCGCUCUACAGAAACACCAAUUCACUGUGCUUAUUCUAUUCUUUCAAAUAGCGUUUUUGGUGCUGUUUGCCAUUUUUGCUGAAUAUUCGCCAUCUGCCCUUCCUGGAGGAGAAGCUGCUGCAAAUGAGGAAGCUCGGAUGCCCACGAUGUACCCAAUGUUCCAAGACACCCAUGUCAUGAUCUUCAUCGGUUUCGGAUUCCUAAUGACAUUCCUCAAGAGAUACGGAUUCUCAGCGGUGUCUGUCAACAUGCUCCUCGCCUGCUUCACAAUCCAAUGGGGAAUCAUUGUUCGUGGCUUCUGCAGCACCCACCAUCCCCAUCUCAAAUUCACUAUUUCUCUAGAACAACUUCUCACAGCCGAUUUCGCAGCCGCUGUCAUCCUCAUUUCAAUGGGAGCAAUGCUUGGAAAAUUGAGCCCAUCCCAAUACAUUAUAAUGGCGUUCAUCGAGACGCCCGCCGCUUUGGUCAUUGAGCAUAUCUGCGUUCACAAUCUCAAAAUCAACGAUGUUGGUGGUUCGAUCGUUGUGCACGCGUUCGGAGCAUAUUUCGGACUUGCUUGCGCAAAGGCUUUCGGAAACAAAAAGCAAAGGGGACAUGAGCACGAGGGUUCGACCUACCACACCGAUAUUUUCGCUAUGAUCGGAGCCAUCUUUCUCUGGAUCUACUGGCCAUCGUUCAAUGCUGCUGUUGCCGGAACCGCUGAUGCUCGUCAGAGAGCCGUUGCCAACACGUUCCUCUCACUUUGCACAUGCACAAUGACUACAUUCUUAGUCUCUCAAGCUGUCGAUAAGCAUAAGCGAUUCGAUAUGGUCCACAUCGCGAAUUCAACGUUGGCUGGAGGAGUUGCUAUUGGAACCACCGCCAACAUUGUUCUUGAGCCAUUCCACGCUAUGAUUAUUGGAUGCAUUGCUGGAUUCAUUUCAGUUAUUGGAUACAAAUACAUUACUCCAUUCCUCUCCGACAAGCUCGGAAUUCACGACACUUGCGGAGUUCACAAUCUUCAUGGAAUGCCUGGAUUGAUUGCCGGAUUCUCAUCAGCUAUCUUUGUGUCCAUCUACGAUGAAAAGAGAUACGCGAAUGACUAUGGUUCAAUUUAUCCAGGAAUGCUUCGCGAUGCUGCCGGAAACCGCUCGUUCGGCGAAUCAACUCAGGCACUCCGUCAAGUCAUCGCUAUCGGAAUCGUGUUCCUCGCCUCAAUCAUCUCGGGAGCCAUCACCGGACUGAUUUUGAGACUGAAAAUCUGGGAUCAAGUGCGCGAUACCGAAUACUUUGCUGAUGGUGAUUAUUUCGAGACCCCAGGAGAUUAUGACUUCACUUCAAGAAUUAUGACAACAAUCGACCGCGUCGAUAUUGCUGAAUAUCAACCCCUUUCUCAAAAGAAUGUCUAA